AUUUCUGGUAAGUUCUAUGGAAUUGAUUACUUUGAACGAACUGCGAGACCAGACCAGUCAGUUUCUAGUUUCUAGAAUCGUCUGCCUUACUUUAACGUAUUUUUAGUGUUACGUAAAAGACUAUUUUAUUACAAAGAUAUUAUUUAAAGAUAUAGAAAAUGGCCAUAGACAUUUCUCCGAACAAGGAUGGAGGUGUACAGAAAGAAAUAAUUAAGGAAGGUAUAGGAGAUGAAACUCCAUCACCUGGAAGCAGUGUAAUAGUACAUUAUACUGGUACCUUAAUGGAUGGAACAAAGUUUGAUUCAAGCAAGGAUCGUAAUGAACCAUUUCAAUUUGAACUUAAGAAGGGAACUGUAAUUAAAGCAUGGGAUAUAGGGGUAGCUACUAUGAAAAAGGGCGAAGUUGCACUAUUAACCUGUGCUCCUGAAUAUGCAUAUGGGAAAAAUGGCAGUCCACCUAAAAUUCCUUCAAAUGCAACACUUAAAUUUGAAAUUGAAAUGAUUGAUUGGAAAGGAGAAGAUUUAAGUCCCGAAAAAAAUGGUAGUAUUGAAAGGUAUCAGAUUGUACAAGGAAAAGAUUAUAUUACUCCACAAGAAGGAGCUUUAGUAAAUGUACAUCUAACUGGAAUGUAUAAUGGGAACGUAUUUGAAGAUAGAGAUGUACAAUUCUCCCUCGGAGAAGGAGAAGAUUGUGGUGUUAUAGAGGGUGUAGAAAAGGCUUUGGAGAGCUUUAAAAGUGGAGAAAAAUCAAAACUAAAAAUUAAAAGCAAAUAUGCAUAUAAAAACGUUGGAAAGCCUGAAUUUGACAUUCCACCAAAUGCAACUGUAGAAUAUACAGUAGAAUUAAAAAGCUUUGAAAAAGCGGUAGAAGCUUGGUCCUUAAAGAGUCAUCAACAAAUAGAACAAGCUAAAGUGUACAAAGAAAAGGGAACAAAUUAUUUCAAAAUAAACAAAUAUAACUUAGCAAUUAAGAUGUAUAAGAAAGUAACUUCAUUUUUGAAAUAUGAAGAUCGCUUUGAAGGAGUUCUUAAAACGGAAAGAGAUAAUCUUAUUUUAUCAGCGCAUUUAAAUUUGGCUUUAUCUUACUUAAAAAUAGAGCAAAAUGUUGAAGCAAAAGAUGCAUGUAAUGAAGCUUUGAAAUUAAGUCCACAAAAUGAGAAAGCUUUAUUCAGGAGAGGACAAGCAUACCUCGCAUUAGCAUCACCUGAAAUUGCGAUUAAAGAUUUCCAAGAAGUUUUGAAAAUAGAACCAAAAAAUACAGCAGCUAUAAAACAAAUUGGAACUUGCAAUAAUCUUAUCAAAAGGCAAUUAGCAAAAGAGAAAAAACUGUAUGCAAACAUGUUUGACAAAUUUGCCCAAGAAGACAAACAGAAGGAAGAGGAGGAGCUGCGAGAUCAACCAGAUGUGAUGUGUGGGACCUUGGGUGAAUGGGGGCAGGAAGAACGACCUGGAGGUAGAGAUGCAACUGCCUUUGAAAAGGAGAAUCCUAACAUACUUAUGCUCAAUGCUAAUGGUACUGACGAAUUUAAAAAUAUGUAAAAUAUUAAUUAUUUAUCUGCUCCAUUCCUUACACUGCCCCGGUUUUAACUACCACCAGUAUGAAAUUCUGUUAACUAUUGGUUUCUAAUGUGUUCCAAGUAGUACCAUUUCAGCAGUACCACAUAAAAAUGCAUGUCAUUUAAUUUACUAUCUAGUUUAUUAGUAUUCUGUGACAUAUGAUGCAGCCUAGUCAGGAAAUUUCGUAUUUUGCGUAAUUGAAUCAAAAUUUUUAAGGAAUAAAAUUUUCUUACUACUCA